GCCUUCGCUGCCACAGUCAGCUCCCAGGGGCCGCCACCGCCUCCCCCGGGCCGGGGGCUCUGUCCGUGGGGCCCGCGCCGCUCGCCCCGAGCCAGGAGGACGAGCUCGAGGAGGAUGCCUGGGCCCGUCCCACGCGGCCCCGGGUGAGGCCCGUCAGCGCGCCUGCCGACGCCAUGGGAAGGAGCCGGCGCCGCUGCUGCUGCCCCUCGCCGGCGCACGCACGACCUGAGCCCUGCUGUGGGCAGCCCCCGGCCGCGGGUCCCCGAGUGACGCUGGCGGCGCCUGGGAGCGUGGCGCGGGCCCGGAGCCACGUAGAAGAGCCCAUUGUCCAGUGAAGCAGCAGAGGACCGCCGCUCGCGUCGCCGCCAUGGUUAUGUCCCAGGGCACCUACACGUUCCUCACGUGCUUUGCCGGUUUUUGGCUCAUCUGGGGUCUCAUCGUCCUACUGUGCUGCUUCUGCAGCUUCCUGCGGCGCCGCCUCAAGCGGCGCCAGGAGGAGCGACUGCGUGAGCAGAACCUGCGCGCUCUUGAGCUGGAACCCCUCGAGCUCGAGGGUAGUCUGGCCGGGAGCCCCCCGGGCCUAGCGCCGCCGCCACCACCGCACCGCGGCCGCCUCGAGGCGCCGGCGCACGGCCAUCAGCACGUGCACGUGCACCCGCUGCUGCAUCACGGGCCGACGCAGCCGCACGCGCACCCGCACGCACACCACCACGCGCUUCCGCACCCGCCGCCGCAGCCGCACCUCUCAGUGCCGCCGCGACCCUGGAGCUACCCGCGCCAAGCGGAAUCGGACAUGUCUAAGCCACCGUGCUACGAAGAGGCGGUGCUGAUGGCUGAGCCGCCGCCGCCCUACAGCGAGGUGCUCACGGACACGCGCGGCCUCUACCGCAAGAUCGUCACGCCCUUUCUGAGCCGCCGCGACAGCGCGGAGAAACAGGAACAGCCACCGCCCAGCUACAAGCCGCUCUUCCUGGACCGGGGCUACACGUCGGCGCUGCAUCUGCCCAGUGCCCCGCGGCCCGCGCAGCCCUGCCCUGCGCUCUGCCUGCAGGCGGACCGCGGCCGCCGGGUCUUCCCCAGCUGGACCGACUCGGAGCUCAGCAGCCGAGAGCCACUGGAGCCCGGAGCUUGGCGCCUGCCGGUCUCCAUCCCCUUGUUCGGGAGGACUACAGCCGUAUAGAGGGGCGCCCGGCGUCCCGGGCCCCACCCGCGGACUCCUGGCCUGAUUGCGGGGCUUUUUAAACGCUUCCCUUGGACUGCAGACGUGGGAGUGGGGGGUUGGGGGGAGGGAUUUCUUACCCCGUUUGUUACAUUUUGAGGAUAAUAAAGGUGUGUGAUCUGGUUUGGUACAA